CCUUAGCAACCACCUGGCUGCUUCCUGGAGGCUGGAACCCUUGGCUGCCAACAGCCAUGGCUCCCAAAAAGAGUAUGAGUAAGGCAGGCAAGGAGCUUGAGGUCAAGAAGAAGAAAGCGGGCAACAGGGAGCCUGUAGUGAUUGUGGAGGCACCUCUGGCCACGGAGGUGAAGGAGUUCUACCACAUCCAGAUUCGAGACCUGGAGGACCGGCUGGCCCGGUACCAGCGGAAGUGGGAUGAGCUGGCAGUGCAGGAGAAGCUGUUCCGCCAGGAGUUCGAGCAGCUGGCCAACAGCAAGAAGGAGACUGUGGCCUUCCUCAAGCGCACACUCAACCAACAGGUGGAUGAGAUCACGGAUCUCAAUGAGCAGCUCCAGAACCUGCAGAUGGCCAACGAGAUGAAGAAGAACGCCUUUGAGGCGCAGCUAGCCCAGAUGUGCCACGAGUUCCAGGAGACCAAGGACCAGCUCACCACUGAGAAUAUCGUUCUUGGGGGGAAGCUGGCAGCCCUGGAGGAGUUCCGGCUGCAGAAAGACGAUAUCAUGGACAAGUUCAUGUUGCUGGAGGACCAGGUGCAGAAGCAGGAGAGUGAAUUCAGGGACUAUGCGUACGACCUGGAGAAGAAGUCGGUGCUGGACAAGGAAAGACUGAGGAAAGAGAUCAUCCAGCGCGUGAACGUUGUGGCCAAUGAGUUCCACAAGGUGACUGCAAACCGGAUGCGGGAGACAACCAAACGGGCCAUCACAGAGAACAGCAGCAUUACUCUACAGAUCGCCAGGAUCUCCCGGCAAGGCGCGCAGCUGCUGCAGGAGAAUGAGCAGCUCAAGCAAAGUCAGGACUAUCUGUGCAAACAGGUGGAGCUGCUGGAGAACACAGAGAAGGUCAUGGCCAGGCACAAAAUUGGCUACCAGAAGGUCAUCCUCAUGCUGACCAAGAAGUGCCAGGAGCAGCAGCAGGACAUCAAGGAGGCCAAGGAGCUGCGCCUCCUGCUGAGCCAGUUGGAGCAGAGAAUCGUGCAGCUGCAGGUGGACAAUCAGGCACUGACGAGCCAGAGAGACCAGCUGAGCCUGCAGCUGGAGCAGCGACAGGUGGACUUGCGGAGGCUAGAGCAGGAACUGGCUGAUGAGCAGAAGGUUCGGGCCAGCCUGGAGGCGGCCCUGGCCCAGGCCACCUCCUUCCUACAGAGCAUUCUGCAGAUGCGCCCUGAUGAACAGGACAGCGAAUUAGAUGUGAUGUUCCAGCUGUGGCACAAGGAGAUGCUGCAGCAACUGCUGGUCAUGCUUGGCUCCACUGUGGUCCCGAGAUCCCAGAAGGCUAUGUGUCCCCACCAGGAGUCACAGUCCCAUGGUUCACCCAAGGAGAGCCAGCCCAGCAUCCAGCUGCCUAGGACUGGGUCUCUGCUGCCGCAGCUCUCUCAUAUCACACCCUACCGGCCAGGGGAUCUAGGCCUGGUACCUUGCCAGGCCCGCAUCCCACCCAACCCCCAGGACCUCAGACUGCUGUCAUAUAUCACCCGCGUGGGGACCUUCCGGACACACAGCAACCAUGAGAUCCAUGCCCCUGGUUCUCUAAAAAGGCUCAAAAAGUUUAGUCUUCCUGAAUUUCCCCUACAUCCCAAGUAGGACACAGAAAGAAGAACUGGCUCCAGAAAUGGACCAUUUCAGCCACAGUCACUCCCACUUUAAUCUGUGGGCAGCCUGGAACAGUCUAGAGGAGAGCUGUAUAAAAAGUAGAUACCAAGGCUGGUGUGGCAGCUCUAUGACUGAGGCUGGGUUUGUGGGCACUAUAGUCAGGCGGGCAGCCAUGGCCACUGGUAUCAGGGCCCCAGUGAGGGCCCCUGGCUUCGCUCACGGAUGUGGUCCAAGAUCAGGUCGGCGGCUCGAUCCAGCAACAGAGGCAGCAGCUCCUGCUCAGCAGGGGAGAAGGAGCCCAGCACAUGGGCCUGUACCGCCUCGGGGUGUGUUGGGCGCCCAAUGCCCACUCGCAGCCUUGGCAUUGCCUGUGGGAGAGCCAGAGAGGCCCAGGGAGCUUUGGUGAGGUGCUGGGGUACCGCUGGCCCACCCCACCCAGUUGCACAACAGAAGGGUAGACUCACAUUGGAGUUGAGGCAGUUAAUGCAGGACCGCACUCCAUUGUGGCCCCUUCAAGGGAUAUGGGAGGGGCAGUUAGUGCCUCCCUGGGGCAGCAUCCUUCUACCCCUCCCUGCCCCAGCUGGGUCAGGGCAGCCCAUCUCCUAUGGAGAGCGGGUCAGCAGCCCUACUCCACCCCAACUGGGAGGCCUGCAGCCCUAUCCCAACCCUGACCAUCUCAGGACCUCACCUGGCACUGCCCCCCAACUUCAGAGCCAGUUUCCCCAGGGGCUUGUCCAGCUCAUCAUGCACCAGGUAGACUUCCUCGGCAGUCAGCCCAAACAGUUCCGCUUAGCACAGGGAAACGACAUCCCUGGUUACUGACCAUCUGCCCAGAGGGGCACCAUCCCAACUCCCAUGAGGAGUGGCCACAACUAAUCCCACUUCACAUAUAAAGAAACUGAGGCCUCCACAAGUACCCAAGGCCAACAGGCACUUGGAGGCGAACCCGCGGAUCUGUCACAGCCAGGCCCUCUCUGGCCCCUGCGCCCCCAGCCCCAUCCCCGCGGCCUGCCCACCCACCUCUGGAGCCCUAAACUCACCAGCCCGGGCCACGCUGCGCCCGUUGGCGUUCAUGAGCCGCCGUGGCCGGAGCAGGACCAGCUGAGCAUCCCCGAGCAGGGCCAGAGCGAGGUCCGCGGCACAGUGCCGGUCGCGCGUCCAACUCUCCGCCACACCCAACCGCCGUGCCAGCUGCCCCAGCACCGCCAUGCCCACGCUGUGUCGCGUGCCGGGCAGUCCAGGGUUCCCCAGGCCAGCCACCUGCGGGCGGCACCAGGGAAACUGAGGCCCGACAACUCUCGCCACCCCCUAUCUCACAGCAUCCCGUGGGCCCCAAAGCAGAGGAGCGGAAACGCAGAGCAGCGCUGCAGUGGGGAAAGAGCGCGGAGAAGGGGCCCAGACACCCCACUCCCGAGGACUCCAGUAGGCUGGGCAGGCAGGGCUCCCUAGUGCAGGAGCGGAGCCUCUGGAAGUUUGGAGCCCGUCGAGUACUGGACCCACCAGUUAAGAAAACAGAGCAGCAAUUUGGAGGCACUCUGCCCGGGACAUAAUGGCCGAACUGAAGUUAGGGUCCGGUAGCCCGUACAUGGACGCCCCACGCCACUCACCAUCCACCGCUUCCCUGGGGGCCGAGGCUCCAAAACGCACCGGCUCAUGGCCCGACUCAGCCGCUGUCCGGAGCGCAAAAGGCCGUGCGGCCUCAUGCUGCCCCCAUUCACAGUCCGGACACCGGGCGCUGACGUCAUAAGCCCGCAGCCAAUCGCGUUGCCACCUACCUGGCGUCAACCGCCAGCGUCCAAUCGGGGCCGGGCUGCAAGGCCACCUUGGUUCUGACGGGCGGAAGCGGCGAGGCGGUGGCCGUCUCCCGGUGCCCAGAGGCCUUCCGUGGCGCGGCGUCACGGUGUCCCCACGGGGUUUGUGUGGGACGCUCGGAGCUCUUGCUUGACGUUCGGUUGGAAGGCAGAAGCCUCGUUAUGCCCCCCGCUAUGGCCCUGCCUUGCGGCGAAAAUCCGGCAAGUCCUUUCUCCGCUGUAGGCCGCAACCGCCCGGGCUAAUAAAAGUUUUUUACCCA